AUGGAUCCUACUUAUUUAGACAAUGUGUUUAAGUUAAAGAAAGUUCUAUAUGGUUUGAGUAAGCUCCUAGAGCUUGUGAAACAGUUGGAUGACUCCAUCUUCAUCUCUAAAAGUAAGUAUGCCAAGAACAUAGUGAAUAAUUUCGGUAUAAAAAAUGCAAGUCACAAGAGGAUACUUGCUCCUACUCAUUUGAAAUUAUCAAAGGAUGAAGAAGGUGUUGUUGUAGAUCAAAGUUUAUACAGAAGUAUGACCAGGAGUUUGCUAUAUCUUACAGCUAACAGACCUGACAUCAUAUUUGUUGUGGGUGUGUGUGUAAGAUAUCAAGCUGAGCCAAAAACUAGUCACAACAAUCAAGUGAAAAGAAUUUUUAAGUACAUUAAUGGUACUAGUGGCUACGGUACGUUAUACUCUCAUGGUUCAAGUUCCAUGCUGGUAGGGUAUUGUGAUGCUGAUUGGACUGGUAGUGCUGAUGAUAAAAAAAGAACUUAUGGUAGAUGUUUCUUCUUGGGAAGCAAUCUGAUUUCGUAG